CCGAAAAGCUUGUUAGUUUCACGCCAGGUGCUUCAGUAGGAAUAAAGUAGCCUGCUUAGUUCAGACACUGAUUGGUGGUAGUUUGUGGUUCCUGGAAAAAAAAAUGACGUUCGCUGUUGAAGGACACAUCGUGUCAAAUAUAGCAGCAACCCCUUUUUAAAAAGUUUUUCUGCUGCCAUAACAAAUAGACAGAAAAUAAUAGUAUUCUACAGCAGAAUGGCCUUGUCCAGUGCAGGUCGACACAUUUUGAGGACCACUUGCUGCACUGUGAGGAGAUUCCAGUGCCGGAGUAAAGCUGUAUACAGUGCUGUCCAUGGAUUCAAUGAGGAGGAUAUUCGAGGAAAAUUGCUGGCUUUCCCUGGGGGGUCUGUUGAUCUCGUCAAGCAGGAUUCUGGGAUUGCAGUGAUGACCAUCAACAAUCCAGCUCGCAUGAAUGCUUUUUCAGGAACCAUGAUGAUUGAACUGGAGGAGAGGGUGACACAGCUGGAGGAGUGGACAGAGGGGAAAGGUCUCAUCGUCCAGGGGGCUGCUGGAACCUUCUGCUCUGGGUCAGACCUGAAUGCUGUCAGGGCUAUAUCAAACCCACAGGAUGGCAUGAAGAUGUGCAUGUUCAUGCAGAACACAUUGACGAGACUGCUCAGGCUGCGACUCAUCUCUGUUGCCAUGGUGGAGGGCAUGGCGCUGGGGGGAGGGGCAGAGUUCACCACCUCCUGUGACUUUAGAUUGAUGGCGCCAGACAGUGUGAUCCAGUUUGUCCACAAGCACAUGGGUCUCGUCCCCGGAUGGGGUGGUGCCGCUCGGCUUGUCCGGAUUGUAGGCAGCCAGAACGCCCUGAGGCUGCUGGGUGGCGCCAAGAAAGUAGACCCAGAAUAUGGCACUCAAAUCGGCCUGGCCAGUGGUGUCCUGAACCCUGCAAAUGGCACCAGUGCUCUGGCAGAAGCAGAGCAAUGGCUGGCCCAAUACACCAAAGGCCCUGCGGCGGUGAUCAGGGCAGUGAAGCAGGUAGUGGUGUCUGGGCGAGAGCUCCCCCUGGAGGAAGCUCUGAGGACUGAGAAAGACGUGUUUGGGACUGUGUGGGGUGGCCCGGCCAACCUUGCAGCUUUGGCCAGCAAGUCUAAACAUAAGUGACCAUUAGAAAGAGGACUCACUUGUGAAUGAACUUGGAAAAUGAAUGAAUACUUUUGAGAUGCAGACUUUGAUGUUUUAGUAAUAUAAGUUUGAUGAUGCCCUUGGAUAAACAAUAAACCACAAUACCAGGUU